GUUGAUUUAAAUGUAAUGACAUUUUAAUCAAAUAAUUUUAAAAAAUACCAUAAAUGUUGUUUUUCUGUGAGAGAGAACACCAGUGUUUUUUCAUCUGGGUCAUCACCGUUGAUGUGCAUACUCACCUGGUCACUGGACCACAUUUUAUCUGGCAUCUCGUGGCACUGCGUUUCCUGUUUUGGCAAAAUAUCUGCAUUGAGGCUGAUUCAGCAAUAAGUGCGAAGAGGAAAACAAUCACAGGAUGCCUCUCCCGCUGGCAUUAUUGUGCAGAGUGCAGCGGCUUGAUAGAGUCAGGUGGGAACAGGAAAUAUUGGGCUACGUCAGCUGAUUAGGUGCUUGCAACUCACCACUUACUUAGGCCUGCAUUGUGGGGAUGUGAGUCGCUUCACACAUGUACAUUGUCGUGGAUUCACUGACUGUAUUUGAGGGCAAACAGCCGGUAACCAUUAAGGUAAAUGUGGUUUCUGCUUGAGGUGAGAGUCAGGCUCAGGGUUAGGCCUGCAGUGGUUGUGCUUUAUGCUAGGGUUAGUCUCAGGGGAAUGAAGUAAGAUAAUGAAAUGAGUCACUAAAGCAACUUUAUGUGAGUGUUUGUAUGACAAAAAGGAGAGGGAGAGAGCCUUCAGGUUAUGUGUGCGUAAAGCAAAGCUCCUGAGUGGAGGAAGUUUAAUUUAACCGUGACAGAAGCACAAAAAGAUGCACAGGGCAAGCGGUUGGGUCAUUCCAAGUUGUGUUGUGGAAUGCACUUCCUCGUCAAUAUAACUGCAGGUGACAUGUGAGAUGUUGUAAGCAGGAAGCAUCUUAGGUUUUUUUCUGCCCAUUAUCUUGUUUGUUGAGGAGCCAGAGGAUCCAGUUUCAGGUUAUCUUGAGCUGACAAGCAUCUCAGACCCGUGAGAGCACCUGCAAAGACAUGUCGCACCAAGGCAUAACUAACACAAGUCAGAGGAUGGUGGUCAUAUCCGCAGAGGAGGAAUGGCUCGCUUUCAAGUCUCUGCUGCAGGAUAACUCUGGGAAGAAACAUGUCCAGUUCAGUCUGGGAUCAAGUCAAGUGUGUGACUUGGCGGUAGACGGUCACUCGAUCAGCUUGCACUAUGCAGAUUUAAAGGAGGAUGUGACGGAGGAGGGCAUCAGCCAGGCGAUAGAUGGCUGCUUUAAAUCCUGCGCAGAUGGAGUCAUUACAUUUCUGCUGCUGAUCCAAGGUGGACAUUACACCAAGAGGCAAAGAAGAAUGGUGGAGACGCUGCAGGCUCACUUUGGAGCUGAGGCUUUAAAAUACCUGGUGGUGCUCUCUUUGGAAGAUGGAGAGGUUGCUGACACGUUGGAAGACGCCCUUCUGGAGCUAAUAAACAUGUGCGAGGGGAGAUACUGCCGCAUCACAUCAUCCAAUGCAACAGACAAACUUCAAGCCCUGUUUGAGAUGGUCGACUACAUGCUGGCUGAAAACGGUGCAACGGGCUACACAGACGCCAUGCUGACCGAGGCGAGGAAGAGGAGCACGGAGGACUCGGCCAUGAUGAUGCUGAAACGGAAGGUGCAGGAGGCCGAGGAGAAGGAGCAGGCCUUCAAGCAGCGGAUGCAGGAGCAGGAGGAGAGGAGAGCUAAAGAGAUGGAGGGGCUGAAGAAGAAACAUGCAGAGGAAAGAAAGAUGGAGGCGGCUGAAAAUAAGCAAUACGAGACAAAAAGAGAGAGCCUGGAGGAAGCUGUGACAAGCCACAGAGCCAUGUCGCAGAUCCACAUGAGGGCCGCUGAUGGUGACGACACAAAGAAGACAUCCAUCAUCCUGUUGGGUCUCUCUGGCAGCGGGAAGACUUCCGCUCUGAAUCUAAUUCUGGAGAGAGCAGGUAAUCAAUACUCCGUCAGUGGCUCAGAUCCUGAACCCCCUCAGCCCACCCUGUCCUGUGAGAGAAAGGAGGUGUUUGCAGCAGGGAAGCCGCUCAUCCUGGUGGACACCCCCGAGCUGUGGGACGAGGACGGGGUGGAGAAUCUGGAGCAGGUCAAGGACUGCUUGGCUCUGUCCUUCCCUGGACCUCACGUCUUCCUGCUGGUGCUCCAAGUAGGGCGCUUCACCCAGGGCGAGUGCGAGAUGCUCGGGCACCUGCAGAAGAUCUUCGGACGAGACUUUGCAGAGCACGCCGUCGUCCUCUUCGUCCGCUUCGACUGCAACCAGCACAGGCCUCAGAGGAUCGACGACUACGUGGCCGGAGCACACCCCACCCUGCAGGGCCUCAUCCAGAAGUACGGGAGCCGCUAUUAUGAGCUGAAUCUUACAAAGUCCCAGAAUGCUCUGAGCUACCCUCAGGUGAAAGACCUGCUCUCUGGAAUCAACAAACUGGUGGCUUCACACGGAGGCCGCUCCCUCUCGGUGAGGAGGUUUUCUGUAAAAGAGCUGCAGGAGAGGAAGAAAAUGAUAGAGGAGGGGAAGGAGGGGGCUUUAGAAGGGAACUACUUAUUAAGAGAUGCUUGAUUUCUAUACUCACAGUCAGCAGGUGACUACAAUAAAUGCAACACCUGUACCAUGUCACAGAAUCAAACACAACAUGCCUGCGGUUAAGAUCAUUAGUUUAUUGUGUUAAAACAACUACAAGUUCUUGCACUGGAUUUAUUAUUUUUAUAUAUUUUUUACAAAUCAAUCGCCAGAAUAAAUAUAUGUUGAAAUUUUACUUUUCUUAAUAUUGCAACGAUGAAAAACAUCAGUGGUGAUUUUUGGGGAGUUUCCCGAUGGAACAGGAGAUCGGACGACAUCAGGGAUUAUUCAUGUCUGUUUAUCUGUGCAGCUCAGAGGGGAAGAGAAGAAGGAGUACAGCUGCAGAUUUUAUUUACUUUUGGACGUUGCUGCUGGAUCUUAUCUGACAAGUUCAUGAGAUAUACGUGCUGAAAUCGCUGCCGAACAGUCGCGUCCUUCAGAUGGACUCUGCUGCCAACUGCAACUGCCUAAAAACAAGACUGAUGCACAGUUCUGUUUGGAUUUUAUUAAAGCAGAUAUUGUGUAACUCUUACGUUUUUAUUUUUU